AUGAUGGCCCAAGUUCGCUCCAUGGAGUCCCGCGUAGGGCGGAAGAACCAACGUUACGGAUCGAAAGGUGAAAGGCUCGUGGCCGGUGUCGUCCCCUUAUCGGCCGACAAGACAAAGGUUCUGAUGAUCCAGUCCGCCGGGCCGGGAGGCUGGGUCCUCCCGAAAGGCGGGUGGGAGACGGACGAACAAACUGCCCAGCAGGCCGCUUGCAGAGAGGCCUGGGAGGAGGCCGGCGUCAUCUGCACCGUGCAGAAAGACCUGGGCCUCAUCCCUGACAUGCGCCCUUCCGCGCUGCUGAGCACGCAAGCCCCCAAGGCAUCCUAUCAGUUCUUCGAGGCCAUCGUCGACCGCGAAGAGGCCCAGUGGCCCGAGAUGCACAAGCGAAAACGGCAAUGGGUCACCUAUGCCCAGGCCGCAUCAUGCCUCAUCAACCGCCCAGAACUCCUCGAGGCGCUCAAUCGCAGCUCGUUGAAGCGGUAG